GGUUAAAUAGCUAAAAGCGCGGCAGGCGGAACCCGGGAGCGCGGCGGCGGGCGCGGCGGAGGGAGCAGCCGCAGCACCGCUCCGCCGGUCACCUUGCGGGGCGGCCGCCAUGGUGUUCCUGCCCGACGAGUCGCGCUCGCUGCCGCCGCCCCCGCUGGUCAACAAGGGCUCGGUCUGGUUGGGGUUCGCGGGCUGGGUGGCGGCCCUGCUGGAUAACGGCUACAACCACCGCCCCGUCCUCCGAGCCGGUCUUCACCGCCAGGUCCUGUUCACGACGGUGGGAUGGUUUGUUGGCUAUUACCUCACUAAACGUGCGGAUUACAUACACGCCAAGGUGGACAGGGAGCUCUUGGAGUAUGUCAGGCAUCACCCAGAGGAUUUCAAGAGAGCAGAAAGGAAAAGAAUAGGAGAACUUUUGGAGGAUUUCCAUCCGGUUCGCUGAGGAUUUCUCCAGCGGUGAUGUGUUACAAGAUGAAAUAAUUCCAUACUGAGACCCUGGGCAGGCUGGCUGUAACUGUUCAUGGCUUGAAAAUGAACCAUUACUUGCUUUCACAUAAUAAAAACUAUGAUUAAAUAA